AAAUAAAAAAUGUUAGCUGCUGCAUGUAAUAUAUGUAGCCUGAGGUUUUGAAAACCUCAUUGACCACAUCUACUUUUCUCUUCCCCUUUCUUGAAUCUUCAUCUUCUCUUUUCUUGAAAAUAUUUUCAAAAUGGAGUUUAAUCAUUCCGGCACUGAAAAAUCUGAUGAAGACCAAAUAUUAUUAUGGAGCUCAUCACAGGAUCAGCAAUGGAGUGGCAUGAGAUCAUUCACCUGUUCUUUUUGUAAGAAAGGAUUCUCUAACGCACAAGCAUUAGGAGGCCACAUGAACAUCCAUAGAAAAGAUAGGGCAAAGCUAAGAGAAGCCUUUGAUGAUGAAAAUUUGCUUUCUUUAAAUUCUAUGAAUCCAUCUGAUGAUGAAGAUCAUGAAAAAAGUCUCAUCAUCCCGAAAAUCUCAUCUUCUCUACCCGUCCUAGACGAAGAUGAUGCCGGUGCUUCCUCUCGAAAUAGAGAGGACAUAGAGACUGGUAAUUGUCCUGAUUAUGAUCAUGGAGAAAAGGUUAAAAAGGUUCAGGUGAGCCGUGGAUCGACGACCACGAUAGCAGUGGACCUCGAGCUCCGGUUAGGACCUGAACCUGUUGAAACUUCUCCAUCUUCAUUGACGAGAGACUUCUUCUGAGAUUUUUCAUGAACUUCUCAAGCAUGUGGUGGAUGGAGACUAGUCUAACGAGGUUUCUUUUUUUCUGUUUUUAAUUUCAGUAGUUAUGUUGUUUCUAUCAGCUUCUACUCGAAAUUAAUAAUAAAUCUCUAAUUUAUGCUCAUCAUAGAAAA